CAUUCUACGCCACCACGUCAACCAAUCAAAAAUGAACAAAUGUCAGUGGCAAAGCAACUCUGGGAGAAAAAGCAUAAAUCGGCAAGAGCGUUUGACAGUCGGCACAGAAGUAGACAACAAUAAGCAGUGUUUCUUGGCGUGCAGUUUUAGUUUUAAGUAAAAUAAUUAAAAUUUUUGUAAGCGAGGUUAAAUUAAGUACAGAAAAUUGAACUCGUCUUCCUGUGAUUAUCUGUCAAAAUUAACUGCAAGUAUUAGAAAAUAAAUUAUCACCAAAAGAGUUGAAAGAAUUUACUCGCCGGUAUUUAUAGAAAAAUUUUAAAAGUAAAUACAAAUAAAGGCGAAAAUGUUUAAGUUCCUUAUCUUUUUGGGACUGCUGUGCGGUACGACGUGGGCGUUUUAUUCACCUUCUGAUAAUGUUGUGGAACUAACGCCAGCGAAUUUCCAACGCCUUGUGGUUAAUGACGAUGCCAUUUGGAUAGUUGAAUUCUUUGCACCUUGGUGUGGACAUUGUCAACAGUUGGUGCCGGAGUACAAAAAAUUAGCCUCGGCAUUGAAGGGCAUAGUUAAGGUAGGUUCUGUUAACGCUGAUGAGCACAAUUCGCUUGGAGGCGAAUAUGGUGUGCGUGGGUAUCCAAGUAUUAAAAUUUUCGGUGCUAAUAAACGUUCGCCCACGGAUUUCAAUGGCCAACGAACAGCAAAAGCAAUGGCUGAAGCGGCUUUAGCUGAAGUCAAGAAGAAAGUGAACUCUGCGCUAGGCGGUGGUAGUAGCGGUGGAAGCUCAUCUAGUGGUGAUGAUGAUGUCAUUGAGCUUACAGAAGAUAAUUUCGAUAAGUUAGUUUUGCAAUCGGACGAUGUGUGGUUAGUUGAGUUCUUUGCACCAUGGUGUGGACACUGUAAAAACUUGGCACCUGAAUGGGCUAAAGCUGCUAAAGAAUUGAAGGGCAAAGUUAAGUUGGGCGCUUUAGAUGCAACUGUCCAUCAGAGUAAAGCAGCUGAAUAUGGAGUUCGAGGUUAUCCCACAAUCAAAUUCUUCCCUGGAGGCAAGAAGAGUAAGAGUGAUGCCCAAGACUAUGAGGGCGGACGUUCUGCCAAUGACAUUGUUGCAUUUGCAUUGGAUAAGCAUAUGGCACCACCACCAGAAAUUGUAGAAAUUGUAAAUGAGGCAUCCUUCAAUACUGCAUGUGAAGAUAAAUCUCUUUGUGUGAUAUCUGUCUUGCCCAACAUACUCGACUGCAAUGCAAAAUGUCGUAAUGAACAUUUGGAUAUGUUACGCGAGAUGGGUGACAAAUUUAAACAAAAACUAUGGGGUUGGGGUUGGACCGAAGGAUAUGCACAACAGGAAUUGGAGGAGGCGCUUGAAAUCGGAGGCUUUGGUUAUCCUGCUAUGGCUGUUGUUAGUUUCAAAAAGAUGAAAUUCUCAGUAUUGAAAGGUUCAUUUUCAAAGGAAGGAGUUAAUGAAUUCCUACGGGAUAUUUCUUUUGGUCGCGGACGUACUGCACCUGUGCGUGGCGCUAAAUUGCCAGCCAUUGUUGAUGUUCAACCUUGGGAUGGUAAAGAUGGUCAAAUGCCUGAAAUUGAAGAAAUUGACUUAUCCGAUGUCGAUUUAGAUGACAUUAAGGAUGAGCUGUAAAUUGUUUGUUUGUAGCUUAAGAAUUUGAUUAUUAUUAUUUUUUAUUUUUGUUUUUUCCUUAAAAUAGUAUAAAAAUUAAGACUGUAAUGGAUUGCUCGUUCACUUGCAUGUGAACUGCAACUUUUUUUAUAUAAACAUUUUAAACCAGAAAGUAACAAACUUAACAGAACAAGUAAAUAAUAUAUUUUGUUUAA